CAUAGUUAGUUAUAAAUGCCUGAUUCUGACAGUAAGAUCUGUAAUGGUCCUAUGCUUCAACAAGAACUGAGAUUAUUGGCCUUUUUAGAAAAGACCCUAUACUUGUGUUGGCUGAUGCAUUAUUCUUGAUUUGGCUUGUGAGUUUUCCAGUUGUAAAGGUAAGUAAUCAAUAAAAAAGAUACAACAUGAAGCACAAAGAUGGAAAACCAUAUCCACCAAAUAAAAAUUCAAAGAAAAUUCAAGUGACACUAAUAGUUGUGGUGCUCUGUGGGUUUUCAUUCUAUCUUGGAGGAAUUUUUUGUUCUGAAAAGGAGACAUAUGCAACUAAGGAGGUUAACAGGGAGGAUGAAACUCCCAUAGGGAAUUCAGCUGGCUCUCUACAGACCAGAGGCAAUUCCUUUACUGAAUGCAGUGCUGACUAUCAGGACUAUACUCCAUGCACAGAUCCGAGGAGAUGGAAGAAGUAUGGUCUUCAUCGCCUUACUUUCAUGGAACGACAUUGCCCUCCUAAUUUUGAAAGGAAGGAAUGCUUGGUUCCUCCACCAGAUGGCUAUAAGGUGCCAAUAAGAUGGCCAAAGAGCAAAAAUGAAUGUUGGUACAGGAAUGUUCCAUAUGAUUGGAUUAACAAACAAAAAUCCAAUCAACAUUGGCUCGUAAAAGAAGGGGAGAAGUUUAUCUUUCCUGGUGGUGGUACUAUGUUCCCAAAUGGUGUUGGGAAAUAUGUUGAUCUGAUGGAAGAUUUGAUUCCACAAAUGAAAGAUGGCACCGUCCGAACUGCCAUUGAUACUGGUUGUGGGGUGGCAAGCUGGGGAGGCGAUCUACUAGAUCGUGGAAUUCUGACAGUCUCUCUUGCUCCAAGAGAUAAUCAUGAAGCUCAAGUUCAGUUUGCUCUGGAACGUGGAAUUCCUGCAGUUCUGGGCAUUAUUUCGACACAGCGUCUUCCUUUCCCUUCAAACUCUUUUGACAUGGCUCAUUGCUCAAGAUGCCUAAUUCCAUGGACUGAAUUUGGUGGAGUUUACCUUCUUGAAGUACAUCGUAUACUGCGUCCUGGAGGUUUCUGGGUCCUUUCUGGCCCACCAGUGAACUAUGAGAACCGUUGGAGAGGAUGGAACACCACCAUUGAGGAGCAGAGAUCAGAUUACGAGAAGUUGCAAGAUUUGCUAACUUCGAUGUGCUUCAAAUUAUUUAACAAGAAGGAUGACAUUGCCGUGUGGCAGAAGUUGACAGACAAUAGCUGCUAUAAGAAACUUGAUAACCUUGAUAACUACCCACCAAAAUGUGAUGAUGGUACUGAACCUGAUUCCGCGUGGUACACUCCUCUCCGACCUUGUGUAGUUGUGCCUCCAGCUACUAGGAAAGUUAAGUUGAAUGCCCUAGCCAAAUGGCCAGAAAGGUUGCAUGUCGCCCCAGAACGUGUUUCUGAUAUUCGUGGAGGUAGCGAGGGUGCCUUCAAGCAUGACGAUAGUAAGUGGAAGGUGCGAGCAAAGCACUACAAGAAGUUGCUCCCUGCUAUUGGAACUGAAAAGGUCAGGAAUGUGAUGGACAUGAACACCUUGUACGGAGGUUUCGCUGCUGCUCUGGUGGAGGAUCCACUUUGGGUCAUGAAUGUGGUCUCCUCUUAUGCUGCCAAUACACUCCCUGUGGUCUACGACAGAGGUCUUAUCGGAAUGUUUCAUGACUGGUGUGAGGCCUUUUCAACCUAUCCUCGAACGUAUGAUCUCCUUCAUGUUGACAAUCUCUUCACUGCUGAAAGUCAUAGAUGUGAAAUGAAGUAUGUUAUGCUAGAAAUGGAUCGUAUUUUGCGACCCAAUGGAUAUGCAAUUAUCCGAGAAUCCAGUUACUUCAUAGAUGUCGUUGCCCCUAUGGCUAAGGGCAUGAGAUGGAGCUGUCGCGAAGAAGACACAGAGUCUAGCGGACAGAACGAGAAGAUACUGAUUUGCCAAAAGAAGCUUUGGUAUUCAAAGGAGAGUUCAUUAUAAACAUGAUGAAACUAUAUACAAAGUUGUGAUUAUAUCUCUUUGGAUAAGAGGAGUCCAUAUAUUUACAAUACCACCAACCCAUAGGAGAAAAACUCCAGACCUCAAAGAGAAAUUUAUUUGUUUCUAUAGAUUAUGAGAAAUUGAGAUUUGAUUUUGAAGAAAUUUAGUCCAAAAAAAUAACAACAAUGUUUUGUGCUAGUAGUCUCUUAGUUUCAUUUCAUGCUAUAAUAUUCUUUGUAAUUUUCUUUCAUGUAUCUUCUUAGAGUUGUUGAAAAAGUAACAAACAUUACAGCCUC